AGAUGCAGAAGAUCAUUUCAGGUGCAAGACUGAUUUAUUACAGAGUGAACUCCAAGGCUGGAAUGGGGCGUGUGAACAGAACUCGGGAGAAAAUAAUUCAAUGUUGACGUCGGAUUUGGAAAGAGGGGGAUAUUUUUUUGCACGGAUCCAUCUGCAGAGUGGAGGCACGUCAGAGGAGCGUUUUUGAUCCCCGCUGUCACAUGGACCCUCUCAGAACCCCACUAGCGGAGCGAGAAGGAGCAACUCUCUCAUUUUGAAUUCUUGGUCUUGGAAUUUUUUUUUUUUUCAUCCCUGCCCAAUUGAAAACCAAUUUGGGAAGGGCGGCUAUGGCUUGGCCGUGCAUCAGCAGAGUAUGUUGCCUGGCUCGGUUCUGGAACCAAUUCGAUAAAUCGGACCUUUCCGUGCCGCUCACCAUUCAGAACUACUCGGACAUCUCCGAGCAGGAGGUGCGAUCCGUGACCAAGCAGGUAUCCUGCCCCACGCUCGCCACUUCGGCCACCGGAGCGCAAGAUGCUGGUGUUAUACCAAUGUACACUGGCGGCUCCCCGACCCGAAGCUCCUUCAGGGCGCGCAGGGAGCCCAGCUACAAGCCCCGGGAGGACUACCAACCUCCUGGGGUGCCUUUCCCCAGCGUCACGCAGUACACGCAGGACUUCAAACCCUGGCCCAUUCCUAAGAAGGACCCUUGGAUCAGUAAUGGGGGUAGUCAGGGGGAAAGGUUGGAGGUGAAUCAAGAGGACAGGAGCUCCUACAGGCAAAAAAGCAGGCCAUCGGUGAAGAGCAACAGGAAAGAACCUGCAGAAUCCCCUCACGUCCCACCUGAGACCAGCUAUCAGGCUGCUUAUAGCACUGAAGCCCAGCGUUCUAUAGAGCCGCACCAGGGAGGCAUCAUCUCUGCCAGCACCAAAAUACAGACCGCCUCGGUCAGCACACUGCAAUCGGGCCCCUCUUACAACCCUCUCGUCCUGCACCGCAUCCAGCGUGACAAGACUGAGCUCAGCAUGUCGGCAAAGGGUCAGGAACAUCUGGUUAGGACCAAGUUGCCGCCAAACCCUUCUGCUGUUUUUCAAAGCGGAUCACGAGCCUUUUAACAUCAGACGGAAGAAUGUCUUCAGAAAUCUAUGCAAGGGAAUGUGGCAGGAGAGGCCCCUGCAGAGCUAAGAUGAUGACAUCACUUGGUGACCCCCUCCCCCUAAAGUCGGCUCUAGUUGCAAUGGAACUGAAUUUGCAUGGGAGUGACUCGCUUGUUUUUUUUUUUUUACAGCACAAGAAACUGAAAGUCAAUUUCCUGAUUGCUCUUAACAUUUUAUUUAAUUGCCUUGUUGGGCGACUUAUUGCAAAAACUAUGAUUUUGUCCAUGUUCAAAUAUAAGUGUGAUGUGAAUGAAAUAAAAAGGAUGAAGUUCUUCUGAUGAUAUUUUUUUUUUGCGGAAUAUUUCUCACAAUAAAAACA